AUGUCGAAAUUCCUAUAUGGUGCCCUCUUAUGGGUGCGUUGGAUUGCGUCAAGUACUCCUGGAUACGUGCACCCGGACGAAUACUUUCAGUCACCCGAAAUCACAGCCAACGCCAUACUCAACAUCGACAGCUACAUCCCUUGGGAAUUUGAAAAAGAGAAUGCCAUUCGCGCCGUGAUACCACCUUUUCUUACAACAGGGUUGCCAUUUUGGAUAUUGAAGACUGUAUCGCAACCAGUCGUUCCCAAUGCGGUUGACAUGUUCUUGGUGGAAAGGUUUUCGUGUUUGGUUGCCACGUUGGUGAUGGACUAUGCCAUCUAUCGGAUAUGCCGCUGCCUGGAUAAGGAUCCCAAGUUGCCAAUGGCACUAUUUGCAACAAGCCAUGUGGCCCUGGUGUACUAUGUGCGUCCAUUUUCAAAUUCAUUCGAAUCCCUCAUCCUGUGCUUGACCAUCUGGUGUUUUUGUACCUUGCUUGACAAUGUAACGUCUUCAACGUCAGCUUUUGCACUUGGGAGCCUGUUGGUUGCUGGUGUAUUUACUCGGAUCACAUUUGCUUUGUUUGGAUUACCUAUUGGUGUUGCCUAUUUGUAUCAUGGCUUCACGACAAGUCAACCCAAACGUUUCCUCUCCUCGUUGAUACCAUUCACUCUCGGAGCUACUUUGGUGGCCAUUGUCUUUGUUCUUGUUGAUUCUCUUUAUUAUGGAACCAUUCAAGUGAUCAUUGAUAACGUGCCCUUGACCGAUUUUGUGCAAGUGAUGGAUGCGAUCACCUAUCCCCAAAGACUCUUGACUAUACGUGCAUCGGGCUUUCCUGUAUUGACACCUUUGAACAAUCUCUUGUACAACACCGAUAAGAGCAAUUUAGAACAGCAUGGCCUUCACCCCUUGUAUCUUCAUUUCCUGGUCAACUUCCCUAUGCUUUUUGGACCACUUGUGCUUGGAGCUGUUGCUGCUGUAACCAAAGCGAAUGAACAGCAUAUCAUUUAUCGAACUCUUUCUGCCAUUGUGGUUUUUGGAUUGGGAGGUUUAUCAUUCGUGCCCCAUCAAGAAGCCCGUUUCUUAGCCCCUUUGCUUGUGCCUUUGAUCUUCAUAUUCACUUGGAAUCGUACGAAGCUUUCACGCACGUUUUGGAUUAUUUGGAUGUUUUUCAACCUUAUCACUGGAUUCAUCUUUGGCUAUUUGCAUCAAGGCGGCGUUGUACCAUCGAUGAUGUAUCUUCAGCAACAAACUUUGGGACUACGCAACUGCAAGCUUGCUGCCAACAGCGAGUUAAUUUGUGAUCUUAAAACAGCCGAUAUGGCCUACACCAAUGAAUACAAUGUCACCUCCAAUGUUCUCUUUUACAAGACAUACAUGGCCCCACGGCAUUUGGUUGGAUAUCCCAAAGCUUGGGAAGUGUCUAGAGAUCGGCCCCAUGUGCGUAUUGAAGACUUUGGAAGUGAUUGGGAUCGGCUUGAUAAGGAACUCCAUUCCAGAUCCGGCGUGGCGCUAUUGAACCUUCAUGACGAGUACGAACCCCACGUCAACUUUGCCCCAUCCAAAGACGGAACAUUUUUCGAGAGGACACUGAUUGUGGCACCGAGUACUGCGAUGUUACCCAGGGUGGAUGAUGCACGUUAUUUGCUUGUUGCCAGUUUCAAUCCACACGUCAAUUUUGAUGACGCAGAGAUAUUAUUGGAUGCUAUCAAGGAAGGAACCUUCUCCCGUGCUAUGAUCGGUUUGAAUGUCUAUCUUUUACUAUCAGACGGGUGA